AUGACUGUUUCGUUUGAUAUUAUUAUUUGUGGAGGUGGAUUAGCUGGUCUUGCAUGUGCUAUAGGAUUGGUUAGAGCCGGUCACAGAGUUACAGUAUUGGAAUCAACUAGAGAAUUGAGUGAAGUAGGUGCUGGAAUUCAAGUACCUCCAAAUUCUGUUCGAAUCUUGAAAGAAUAUGGAAUUUAUGACAAAUUCACCAACGUAGUAACAAGACCAGAAAGUAUAGUUAUUAAAAGGUAUGAAAAUGGUCAAACAUUGAACUCUACUCCAUUGGAUCCAGAAAUGACUGAAAAAUAUGGAAAUCCCUAUUUGUUAAUUCAUAGAGCUGAUUACCUUAAGAUUCUCUACGAACUGGCUGUUGAAGCCGGAGUUGUAAUCAAGAAAAACUCACGUGUUGUUGAAGUUGAUGGAAAUAUUCGGACGGUGACUCUUAAAAAUGGAGAUACUUAUACUGGAGAUUUGAUUAUUGGUGCUGAUGGUAUUAAAUCAAACGUUAGAGAUAGUGCUGUUGUCACUGAAGAAACAGUUUUACCAUUACCUUCAUCCUAUUGUGCUUAUCGGGUGACCAUUCCUGGAGAAGUCAUGGCUGCUGAUCCAGUGAUUAGUCAUUUAAUGACGGAAAUCAAGUCUACUUGUUGGAUUGGAUAUCGAAGACACAUCAUGGCCUACCCCAUUAGAGAUGGUACUUUGUAUAAUAUGGUAAUGAUCCAUCCCGGUCAGGCAGCAGUUGGCGUAUGGAAUGAACCAGCUGAUUUAGAAGAAAUGAGAAAUCAUUUUAAAGAUUGGGACCCUGUUGUUUGUCAAUUAUUGAGUCAUGUGGAUAAAAGUUUGAAAUGA